AAUUCUUCCAAUAUAAAUCAAGUCCAUAUAUUCAUGCAAAAGAAUCUUAAAAAUUGAACGAUCUGAAAUUGCUCGUUGUCGAUAUCGAUACGUCUUUUUCUAUUUGACGGUGCUAAUCUUGAAGUUAAUUUCAGAUCAUCCAUUUAAUAUGAUAUGUUCGUAGACGUCUUUUCGUCAAUUUUUAUUUUUUCAUCAUCAUUGUUCGCAAAUGGCUGUUGUUACAACAAUUAAACGAAAAACGUUUUAUUGACAUUUCCCGAUCUAAACGUACGGAAUUAUAAAUGUCAGACAGCAUGGAUAAAACUGAAGUGUUAACGUCCAAACAAAUGGAAGAGGAAGAGGAAGAAAUGAAACGGGAACUUAUAGAUAUGAAACUGUAUGAGACAUGGUAUACUUACAAGGAUAUGAAGCAAAUUUUAGGGUUUAUUAAUGAAUCUAAGGAUAUGGCAAAUAUGGUUAAUGACGAGAAAGAUGUACAGAAGGAAUCAAUGCAAUCUUCUGGUGAAUGUACCUCAGAGAUAAUGCUCAAGGCAGAUUUAGAACAAGAGCUGGAGAUACAAGAACACAAUGAUGCUUCUCAAUCGAACUUGUAUAAACCUAAUCAUACAUCGCCAAUACAUGAGAGAAUGUCUGAUCAUGACUGUGGCAAUUCUGAUCUUGCCACUGCUAUCGCUGACUCGAGAAACUCUAUGUACAGAGGGAAAACUUUUGAUAGCGAGGAUAUGUUUAUUAAAUUACAAGAUAAUUCGAAUAUGAGAGAUAGUUACUCUCAUAGCACAAAUAGAUAUAUUUCUUUAAAAUCAAAAAACUCUUUACAAGAUUCAGAUGUUAUAAAUAGUGCAGAAACGAAAAUGGACACAUACUCUGAAUGUGAUCAAAAAUUGGAUCAAUGGCAAAUUAAUCCACUUGAUUCAUGUGUUAGUGAAAAUGAUGUGCCUUUGCAAGAGCCCAAUCGACCGGUAAUUCAAGAUCGUAUGCCAUUUAGAUUAUGCAAAGAUGCACAAACACCUCAGAUGCUUGAGAAGCUACUGCCUAUGUUAAAUGUUUAUUUGAAACAAACAGCAGAAUUGUGGCAUAGUUGGCACCGUACUACUGAUACUAAGUUUCAAUGGGGGUCACCCAUUCAGGUGGGUCUUGCUAAAGAUAAUUUGGAUAAAAAAUUAUUAAAAAAUAUUAAGACUGAACAGAAUCAAAUGGAAUGUACAAACAAACAUAACAAUGAACGACCUAAUAAACGUAAAUCAACUCUGAUUCUUUCUUCUUUUUCUGAUAUAAUAUAUUCUAGCAGCGAUGAAGAUGAAAGUAUUAUUAAAAAAAAGAAAAUUCAAUCUUAUGAAGAUACAAACAGGGUGUUACGUUCACAUAAAGCAGUAUGUACUGCUAAAUGCAGUGAAAAAAAUAGAAAUCAAGACAAUGAUAGCAAUCCCUCAGCAGACAAUUUGAAAAUUGAAAAUUUUGAAGCUGAAUUUAAAACAAAAUCUAUAGAAAGUUCUCCAUCUGAAUCAAUUUCCUUGUGUCCAAAAAAAGUACCUCAGAAUGUUAGAAGAAAUAUUAUUAAAAGAAGAGAAUGCGUCAUUAAUGUGUCUCCCAAUAGUCCAUUAGCACAUAGUAGCAGUGAAAAACAAAGUGCCAUAAAUUUAAUAUCCAAAGAUAAAAGUAAUAUUCUCACUGAUGAAGAAAUCCUCAUAGAAUUAGAAAAAGAUAAUGCUAAUGACAAUAUUAAAACAAUGUUUGAGAAUACUGAAACUAAACCGCUACUGAAGAAAGGUCUUUCGAGUAGAAUAAACGAUGCAUAUAUAUCUUUGGAAAAACUUCAGUUUGAGAAACGAAAGAUAGAUGAAAUUAAAAAAGAAGAAGCUGAAAAAAAGGAAACUGAAGAAAAAAAAAAGAGAGAGGAAUUUUACAAAAAACAACUAGAAGAAAGGCAAAGGAGAGAAAAACGAAGAGAAGAAGAAGAAAAACACAGAGAAGGAAAAAACAGAAGAUGGAAUACUAUAAUAGAUAUGAGAUAUCAGAAAAAAAUUAACAGAGAUGAAGACCAAUUACAGGGUUUAAGUAGACAAAAUAAAUAUAAAACAUCAACAGAAGAUAACGUGUUGCUUGAGGAUGAUAGUAUUUCUGUAACUAGAGACGUGGAAAUAACAGAGAAUAAUGUAAAUUGUCCCAUUUGUAAUAAAUCUUUCCCAAGUGAUAAAAUAGAAGCACAUGCCGCUGGAUGCGAACAGUAUACAUCCGAUAACGAAUAUGAAAAUGAUUUGUAUUUAGUAGAAAAUAAAUCAUCUCCAAUAAGCAUUAACAAUACUGAAAUACUUGAAUGCGGUGUUUGUUCAAAAUAUAAAACUACUAAUGGAAUACAUUAUGAAGAGCAUGUUAAUAGUUGCUUACAAAAACAACACGAAGAAGAAUCAUCAAAUGGUAAAAUUACAACCAAUAAACAUGAACAAGAAAUCACGUUUUCUGCAACUGUGCCAGGAGGUAUUUAUACGGAUUUGAACAAGGCACAUAUUAUACCAAAUAAUUUAAAUGAGAAUAAUGAUGUAAUUAAUCGAUGGGUUGGUAAUCAAUCAGUUAUUUACACUAAAAGAUUUUAUGUAAAUGAUACACUAUUAAAUGCACCUAAAGUAGUAUUAAUUUUCCAUGGUGUGGAUACGUUUGCUACAAUUCUUUUAAAUGGACAUGAAGUUGGAGAAACAUCAAAUAUGUUUCUAAGAUACAUAUUUGAUGUGACAAAAUACUUAGAAAAAGAAGAGAAUUUAUUGGAAAUUUUUUUUUCUUCACCUGUUAAAAUAGCUGAAAUCUUAUACAAUAAACAAGCAUUAAAAUAUGUUAUUCCUCCAAUAUGUAAUCCAGAUAGUUACAACGGAGAAUGUCAUGUAAAUUAUAUAAGAAAAAUGCAAGCAAGUUUUGCUUGGGAUUGGGGUCCAGCUUUUCCAUCAAUGGGUAUCUGGAAAAGUGUAGAAAUAAUUCCUAUAAAUGAAAUCUACAUUAUGGAUGUUACAACAGAUAUUCAUAAGAAGGAAAACUUUUGGAAUAUUAUAAUCACAAUAUUUCUUGAAGUGACUUCACAAAGGAACAUAACUUGUCAUAUCUCAUCUGUUCUUAAUAUUAAUGAUCAAUUAAAUAUUCAUAAUUCUAGCAAUGUUAAUUUACAUACAAAUGACAAAGAUACAAAAUGUACUAUACUUCUAAAAGUACCUACAAAUCUUGUAAAUGAAUGGUGGCCUAAUGGUUAUGGCAAUCAAACUCUUUAUUCAUUAACUGUAACUGCAGCUACUUCUGCUGAUGUUAAGCAAAAAAUUAUACAUGUUGGUUUUAGAACGGUGAAACUCAUACAAAAGCCUCUCAAAGUAGGAUUAAGUUUUUAUUUUCAAGUAAAUAACGUUCCAAUAUUUGCAAAGGGUAGUAAUUUCAUUCCAGCUAGUAUUUUUCCUGAGUUGACUGCUAAGACAGAUACAAUUAAACACUUACUAAGAUCUGUCAAAGAAGCAAACAUGAAUAUGCUUAGAGUAUGGGGAGGUGGACUUUAUGAAUCUGAACUAUUUUAUAAUAUAGCUGAUGAAUAUGGAAUCAUGAUUUGGCAAGAUUUCAUGUUUGCAUGUGGAAUGUACCCUACUACAGGAGAAUUUCUUGAAUCAAUCAAAAAAGAGGUAAUACAAAAUGUACAAAGAUUAAAAAAUCAUCCUAGUAUUGUUCUUUGGGCUGGAAAUAAUGAAAAUGAAGCAGCAUUAUAUGGAAAUUGGUAUGGAACUGGAACUAAACAAAUAUAUAAAACUGAUUACAUCAAGCUUUAUGUAGACUUAAUUAAGAAGGAAGUAGAACAACUUGACUCUACACGACCUUUUGUAGUAUCUAGUCCUAGUAAUGGCCUAUAUACUGAGAAAUAUAAUUAUAUUGGAAAAGAUCCAUAUUUGAAGACAUUUGGAGAUGUCCAUUACUACAAUUAUUUUAAUAAUGGGUGGGAUAUGCAUCAAUAUCCACGUGUAAGAUUUUCAUCUGAAUAUGGAUUUCAAUCAUUACCGUCAAUUUACACUAUGUUACCAAUUGUAAGCACAAUUACUGAUUUAGACAUACAUAGUGAUUUUUUUAAACAUCGUCAACAUCUACCAUUAGGAACAGAAUAUUUGAUAAAUCUUAUAUCAAAAAAUUUAAAAUUGCCUGAUACUCAAGAUACUCUAAAAAGAUUCGAAGAUUAUAUAUAUUUAAGCCAAAUUAAUCAGGCUGUUUCAGUAAAGAUACAAACGGAGUUUUAUCGACAAUCAAAGUCGGAUUUAAACGAAAUAGGAGAAGGAAUGACAAUGGGUGCUUUAUAUUGGCAAUUAAAUGAUGUUUGGCAAGCUCCGUCUUGGUCUUCUAUAGAUUUUGAUGGACGAUGGAAAAUGCUUCAUUAUUAUGCUGUGGAAUUCUUUGCACCCAUUAUAGUUACAUACUAUAUUCGUAAUAUGCAUCUUUCAAUCCAUAUUGUUUCGGAUAAGACACAUUCAGUGAAAAAUGCUACUUUAGAAGUGAAUCUUUAUGCGCUGAAUAAUAUAAAACCUGUGCAAUCAUAUAUUUAUCCCAAUAUAACUAUUGAAGCAAAUGCAGUAACUACCAUUGAUGAUAACUGGCUCAAACAUUCAUGGAUUUUAACUUCUACAAUACUUAAUGAAUGUCAAUCUAAUAGUACUACUAAAAGCAAUUGUAUUACAACGCUUACCUUAAAAGAUAAAACUGGGAUAACACUGGCACCAAGAAAUUAUAUAUAUCCAAGCAAUGUUUUGAAAAAUAUUGCAUUGCCAAUUGCAAAUGUUUCUAUAAAAAUGAAUGAUAAUCACUUACCUGGAAAAUCUUUUAAUUAUCCAGAUAUUGAAUUUGAAUUAAUAACAGACAACAUAACUCUUUUUGUAUGGCUAGAAGCUGGCAAUAUUUGUGGUCGUUUUUCAGAAAAUGGUUUCCACAUGUUUGAAAAUAAGAAAAGCAUUAUUUUCCUUGCAUGCGAAUUUAUUACACCGGAAGUACUAAGAAAAUCUUUAAAAGUUACUACACUUUCUGGUAUUUAUUAAAUUCUUCUUUCUAAACAAGAUUGUUAUAAUAUUAAAUUUCAUGUUCUUUGUGGAAAAUAUGUCUCACGAUGUAAAUAAAUUUCGAAUCCAAUAAGAAUAACGAGUAUAAUUAGAAUUAUAGUGAUUAUUAAAUAUAUCAAAUUUGACAUUUCGUUUUGUUAACUUAU